GGUAUGGAGGAAGAGGACUUGGACCGUGGCUUCUUCAGGAAGGUGAACGUUCCGGACCAUGCACAUUAUAUUCUGGCCUUCUUUGUGGCACUCAUCGGGGCUGUGGGAGUCAUCGGAAAUGCGUUGGUCAUGUAUGCCUUUUUCUGUAAUAAGAAACUACGAUCUCCUGCUAACUACUUCAUUGUGAACCUUGCAGUGAGUGAUUUUCUCAUGGCCAUCACCCAGUCACCUAUCUUCUUUGUGAACUGUUUAUACAAGGAGUGGGUGUUUGGUCAGAUUGGCUGUAAGAUGUAUGCCUUUUGUGGAGCUUUGUUUGGCAUCACUUCCAUGAUCAACUUGGUGGCCAUCUCCAUUGACCGUUACGUGGUAAUCACCAAACCACUGCAGGCAAUCCAGUGGACCUCAAAACGGCGGGCACUCGUCAGCAUCCUGCUAGUGUGGAUUUACUCUCUGGCCUGGAGUGCAGCACCCCUUCUGGGUUGGAGUUCUUAUAUCCCUGAGGGUCUCAUGACUUCUUGCACAUGGGACUAUGUCACUUCAACACCAGCUAAUAAGAGCUACACACUCAUGCUGUGCUGCUUGGUCUUUUUUGUCCCAUUGGGCAUCAUAUCCUACUGCUACUUCUUUAUGUUUCUGGCUAUUCGCAGCACUGGCAGGGAUUUAGAAAGUCUUGGCACCCAGGUGAGGAGUACCACACUCAUUCAGCAACAGUCUAUGAGAAGAGAGUGGAAGCUGGCAAAGGUUGCCUUUGUGGUCAUUAUUGUGUACGUGCUGUCCUGGUCACCCUACGCUUCUGUUACUCUUAUCGCCUGGGCCGGGUACAGCAACAUCCUGACACCGUACUCUAAGGCAGUACCUGCAGUCAUAGCAAAAGCCUCAGCCAUUUAUAACCCCUUCAUCUACGCAAUCAUCCACUCAAAAUACAGGGACACUCUGGCAGAGAACGUUCCAUGUCUGGCGUUCCUUGGCAAGCCUUCAGGUAAAACGUGCUCAGUUUCGAACAGUGAUUUUUCUCUCAGGGAUUCCAUGGCCAGCAUGCAGUCAUCAGGGUCAAAGACCAAGUUCCAUCGCGUGUCAUCCAUGUCCACUGGGGACACAGUUUGGAGUAAUGUUGAAUUAGAUCGUAUUAACCAGAAUUCCUUCAGCAAUUCCCAACUAGCUAACAUCCUCAGAGAAAAGGAGCGAAGAGCUCAACUUCAUUAGGGAAAGAACAAAAACAACCUGAGAAGGUAA